AAACCCCCAAUUUGCAGAAAAACCCUUUUCCAUCGACUGGGAAGAGCACUGCCGCGCCGCUAAGAAGCUUCUAGACACACGCGAAUCGUAUGCUUGGAAGCUCUGACGCCGGCCCUAGCUCGUCUUCCCUCAUUGCAUUCAAGCCGCGCCAAAUUCUUCUCCAGCAGCAGCAGCAGCUGAACCGUUCGGCUUCGACACCAAUGGCCCAGUUGAAGCCCGAAGACGAGUCUGUUUUGGUCUUCUCCGUCGCGCUCUGGCUCCAGAACAAGGGCUUUUCCAAAGUCUUCAAACGAUUCUGCGCCGAAGCUGAGAUUGAGGGCGAGGAUUGGAAGGGGAAGGCGCUUAAUUUGAAUGAUGUUUUCUCCAAAUAUCUGGAGAUUAGCAAUAAUGCCUGCAAAGUAUUUAAGUUUGAGGCGAAGCAAGAAGAACAGGUAGUUGACGCGGAAGAAAAGACUGCAAAUGGCACAGCUGCUGAGGAAAUUAAAGGCAAGAAGAAGAAGAAAAAGAGCAAGGAUGGCACUUCAGUCAAUGGUAGUGAAAAAACACUUGGAGAUACAGUCAUGACAGAAAAGAUAAAUGAAUCACAUGAGAAUGGCAAUGAGGAAGAAAGUGGCAAGACAUCAAAGGCAUUGGGUGGCAAAGUGCCUGAAUUAGAGGAGGAUCAAUUGACUAAAAAACCGAAAGAAAAGAAGAAGAAGAAAAGCAAGUUGGCAUCAAAGCCGGAUGCUGAUGUACCAGAACAGAAGCAAGAAGUUCUAUCAUCUGAAAAGGCUGAGGCUGCAGAAGAUGUGAUUGAUGAAUCUAAGAAGGCAUCCAAGAAAAGAAAAAGAAUGGGUCUUGGCGAAACUGAAAAUAAAUCUGAUGAGGAAGUAACAAUUGAAGAGUCAAAGUCUAAAAAGUCCAAAGGUCUUGAAGAAGGCAAAGAUGAACAAGCAAAGAGUGAAACUACUGAAGAGGAUUUGCCAAAAUUCUCUGCUAACAACAAUGAAACGGACAAAGCAAGUCAGAAAAAAUCUGCAAGCAAACAACCCAAAAGUUCUGAGCCAACAUCAGUGAAAGCAUUCCAAAGAGUGAAGAUUGAUGAGGUGGAAUUUGUUGAUGACAGACUUCAAGAUAAUUCUUAUUGGGCAAAGGAUGGUGCCGAAACUGGUUAUGGUGCUAAAGCACAAGAAGUCUUGGGACAAGUCAAAGGAAGGGGCUUCCGUCACGAGAAAACCAAGAAGAAGCGCGGUAGCUACAGAGGAGGACAAAUUGACCUGCAGUCGCACUCGGUGAAGUUCAAUUAUUCUGAUGAAGAAUGAAACAUGCAUGUGAGGUUAUGAACUCAGUAGUCCAUUUUUGAUCCCACAAUUGGGAAGUCAGUUUUGGUGGUGUCCUAUAUUAUCAAUGUAUAAUGACACUGAUAUUUUGUUAUGAUUUAUUCUCCACUUGCUCUC